AACAAAACAAAACAAAAACACAACUUUUACAAUUUCUAAGCGUUUUCAAGAAAUUAUUUUUUGAAACAAUGUGGACCUUCCUGGGAGUCGCGACUUUCACAUAUCUUUACAAAAAGUCCAACAUGCUGAUGAGCUUGGCUCAGAAGGAGCUGGUCCUGAUAGCAGCGUUGUUUCUCACAGCCGGACUCCUGAUCUCAUAUCUCAGAUUCGUUCAUGGUCAGAAACUCUCAGUCUCUCAGAUUGUUCACCUACCUUUGAGCGCCUUGACAUUUGUGCCUCUUGUCAGCCACCUGGUCCCUCAAACUGUGGCUCAGAUCAGCAAGAAAGCAGAGAAGAACACUGUGAAGAGUAAGAGAACAAGAAGAAGAGCUGAGGCAGAGUCCUCUACCUCGGGUCGUGCUUCACUCUGUGGCUGCUCUGAGGCCCCGGAGCCAGAUGUGGUGAUAGUUGGGGCCGGGGUCCUGGGCUCAGCCAUGGCAGCUGUCCUGGCCAGAGACGGGAGGAGGGUGACGGUGGUGGAGAGGGACCUGAAGGAGCCUGACAGGAUCGUGGGGGAGCUGCUCCAGCCGGGGGGAUUCAGAGCCCUCAGAGAACUGAGACUGGAAGCUUCAGUGGAAGGUCUGGACGCCCAUCAGGUGAACGGCUACGUGAUCCAUGACAUGGAGAGCCACUCAGAGGUGGAGAUCCCUUACCCUCAGGAAAAGGGAAGUGUUCAGUGCGGACGAGCUUUCCAUCAUGGCCGAUUUAUAAUGGGGCUGAGGAGAGCUGCCAUGGCUGAGCCAAAUGUCAAAUUCCUAGAAGGCACCGUGACCAGUCUGCUGGAGGAGGACGGCUGUGUAACUGGAGUCCAGUACAAAGAUAAAGAAACUGGAGACAUCAAGGAUAUCCACGCCGGGCUGACAGUGGUGGCUGACGGCUGCUUCUCCAAAUUCAGAAAGAGCCUGGUGUCUGGGAAAGCUCGCAUCUCCUCUCACUUUGUCGGAUGCCUCAUGAAGGACUGUCCCCAGUUCAAGGCCAACCAUGCCGAGCUGGUGCUGGCCAAUCCCAGCCCGGUCCUCAUCUAUCAGAUCUCCUCCUCUCACACCAGGGUGCUGGUGGACAUCAGAGGGGAGAUGCCUCGGGACCUUCCACGGUACAUGGCUGAGAAUAUUCACCCUCAGCUGCCAGAGCAUUUAAAGGAGCCUUUCAUGGAGGCGCUGCAGAACGAUCGCCUCAGGUCCAUGCCUGCCAGCUUCCUCCCUCCUUCCCCCGUCAACAAGCCAGGUGUGCUCCUCCUGGGCGACGCCUACAACAUGAGGCAUCCUCUGACGGGGGGAGGGAUGAGCGUUGCCCUUAACGACGUGUGCAUCUGGAGGAGACUGCUCAGGCGCAUUCCAGAUCUGGACGACGAAGCGGCUUUAUCCCAGGCAAAGAAAAAAUUCCACUGGGAACGCAAGUCAUCACAUUCUUUUGUGGUGAAUGUGUUGGCCCAGGCUCUGUACGAGCUGUUUUCAGCCACUGACGAUUCUCUUCAUGAGCUGAGAAAGGCCUGCUUCCAGUACUUUAAACUGGGUGGACAGUGCAUCGCUGGACCCAUUGGACUCCUCUCAGUCCUAUCACCUAAACCCAUGACCCUUAUUGGACACUUCUUUGCCGUGGCGCUGUACGCGAUCUACUUCAACUUCAAGUCGGAAUCCUGGAGCACCAAACCCCGAGCUCUGUUCAAGAGCGCCGCCAUCCUGUACCGGGCCUGCACCGUCAUGUUCCCACUCAUCUACUCUGAGCUCAAGUACCUGGUCUACUAGAGAGCACAACAUGGGGACAGAAGGACCAAGAGGAGGCGUGUAGCCCCCCCACCCCCCCUAGUUCGUGCCUUAGUUCUGGCGACUACCACGUCGGUAACAUAUGUACUCUGGAAGCGGCCUUUUCCAGCUGCCUCGCUAACAGGCCUGCUUGACGGCAGGCGUUUUGACUCUAAACCACUACAGCGGAACGUCCUCCUUAAUCCCCCUCUUCUCGUCCUGCUCCUUCCCUCCUUCCCAGCAGGAGUGCCUUAACAGAGGCCUUCCUGUCAACACGGGGCCCUCUCUGCUGCAGGUUUUCUUCAGGACCUAGCUUCCAACCUGCCACUUUUUUUUGUAUAUUUUUGUGCUGCGCUUUUGUUGCAAUUUCUUUUGUAAUGUGGAUGAAAAGCUAAUUUUUAUAUUUUGAACUGAAAGCACAGAGACGGGGAGGCCAAACGAGGCUUUUCUGAUUAACUUUGUUUUUUUCCAAACAAAAUGUCUUUGUACUUUGAGUAGUUGUUGCUGAGCAAAAGGACCGAUAUUACUUUAAAAAGGAGCAAUAAGUGAUAUUUCAUCACUAGAUGGAGAUUGAACACUGUCUGUAGACCAAAACAAAACAAGACGUGUAUCAAGGCAACCCUCUCUCUACCUCGCUCCAGCACCCGUUUCCCCCUUCUCACCCAUCGGCUCGUAUGAUCAAAAGAUAAAUUCACAGCACAACAGCAUCACCUUUCAGAGGAACACGUCUAGUGAAGAAGUAGCUCAGAACUUUAUAACGCUGUUAGCGAGAGAAUGUUUUGAUCAGAUGGCCGUGCUCUCCGCCAUUUUGUGCCUGGCGCUGGUAUUUUAUAGUCAGGGAGUGGGUAAGCUCUGAGAGGCAGCUGUUCACGUGAACGGCCAGCCCGCCUACGUAAACAAGAGGCUGGAGAACAGCACAGAUGUCUGUGAUGUUUGACAAUUGUCGAUCUAAAAAGAUACCUUUAGUUCUUCACAAAACUCCCACUCUUGUUUAUUUCCAUCUACAAUAAUGACAUUUUGCUUAUUGUUCCUUUUAGUAAAAUAUUUGCUGUUCUCCAAGUUUCCGGUCUUUGUCUGGGUGGAUCUUUUUCUUUUUGGUAUAUAUAUAUUAACUUAACAGAACCAGGAUUAGGUCAGAUAAGGAUUACAGGACACAUUGACAUCAUCUGUAAUAAAUUCUUUUACUUUUAAAGGAUUGUUUUAUUUAUAAAAAUGCAAAGAAUCAAAAAGAAUCUACAUUACCUCUAAAG